AUGAUCUCUGAGAAAAAGGAAUCAAAGAAUCCAAAUUCGUCAACAAAAUCGCAGGAAUCGGGAAGCAGUGAUGGGCGUAUUCCUAAGAUUUUACACAUUUCCCCUAGACAGGAAGGAUUAUAUAACAACCGGGAACCUGGUGUAAAGUACAUCGUAAGAGAUCCCGAAAGAUCGUUGCCGUUUUCAGAUGAUGAUGAGGUAUUGAUUAAGAAGAAAUCGAAAUGUUGGAAAAGAGAUUUUUGUACGUUUGCAAUUAUUGUUUUCAUCUUCCUUGGAAUAUCUUUGGCAGCAGCAUUGAGUGCUUUAAAUACAGAUCAGCUUUCUGAACUGCCAAAUAUUUCUAAAAAUUUCACCAGGACCGUAGAAUUUCUCAGAGCAGAGAUUAAGAAAGAGAUUUCAAAUACGGCUACCAAAAUUAAAGAAUAUAUUUCACCAAUCAUUGGAACUGAUUGUGUAAACGAUUGCAAUGGUCUGAUGAACGGGGAUUACCAGUCCUGUUACACGUGCCAGGGCUUCAUUUCCUGUUCUAAUAACAUAACUGUUAACAAUACAUGUGCAAGGUCUGAUUUCGACGGUAGUUACCUGAAAUGGGACGACAGAAUCAAGAAGUGUCAAUUUAACAGCACAACAUGUUUUGAAAAGGGUUAAUAUUUACUAUAAUUAUAACAAUUACUUUAUAAAGGAUUUAGUAUAUGUCAAUAUUGAUAAUAAAGUUCAACCAAUAGAUGUGAAAUUCAUUAUAU